AUGGAUGCAUUGAGAGCAUUUAGAAAUGGGUCACUCUCGUCCAGUUACUCUGCUCCUGCCAGAUGGGAUCCCUUCCGUCGUCCCCUGGACUCCAUCCAGCCCUGGCAGUUCAGCCUCCUGGCAGCAGUGAUGCUGCUGGUGACCUCCCUGUCACUCGCUGAGAACCUGGCUGUAAUCCUGGUAACUUUUAAGUUCAAGCAAUUGAGACAACCUGUCAAUUAUAUUAUAGUCAAUUUGUCUGUGGCUGAUUUCCUGGUCUCACUGACUGGUGGUACCAUCAGCUUUCUAACAAAUCUAAAAGGUUAUUUUUUUAUGGGAUACUGGGCUUGCGUAUUGGAAGGAUUUGCUGUCACAUUUUUUGGCAUUGUAUCUCUCUGGUCUCUGGCUCUGCUGGCUUUCGAGCGGUACGUGGUGAUCUGCCGCCCGCUGAGAAACACACGCUUGAGGGGGAAGCACGCAGCUCUAGCUAUUGUCUUUGUGUGGAGUUUUUCCUUCAUUUGGACCAUUCCACCAACAGCUGGUUGGAGCAGUUACACCACCAGUAAGAUUGGAACUACUUGUGAGCCUAACUGGUACUCAGGAGCUUAUGCUGACCGUACCUACAUUAUCACAUUCUUCACCACCUGUUUUAUAGUGCCCUUACUGGUGAUUUUGGUAUCCUAUGGAAAAUUGGUGCAGAAGCUAAAAAAGGUGUCAGAUGCACAAGGCAGGCUGGGAACUACCAGGAGACCUGAAAGACAAGUGACUAGAAUGGUUGUUUUUAUGAUCAUUGCCUUUCUAAUCUGCUGGAUGCCAUAUGCUACCUUUUCUGUCCUGGUCACUGCAUAUCCCUCCAUUGAGCUGGAUCCUUGUCUGGCAGCAAUUCCAGCUUUCUUUUCCAAAACAGCUACCGUUUAUAAUCCAAUUAUUUAUGUUUUUAUGAACAAACAGUUCAGGCAGUGUCUGAUUCAAAUGUUCAGCUGCAGUGCCAUAGGAACUGCAGAGUCCAACAUAAACCUGACUUCAGAGGGAGCAGGGCUAACCCAGGACAGAAGAGGCAGUGAGAUGUCCCCCAUGGCAGCUCACAGCACCAUUUCUAAGAGGAAAACCGGAGAUGAACACAGAAGGCAACAAUCUUUGGCUCUGUUGACAGCUUCAGAAAACGGCAUGUGUCCCAUGUAAAGUGGGAGGUGAGGUUGUUCAUGCAAUGCUGCAGUGUAUUUCAUUGUUACAAUCACUUAAAGAUUUGCACAGGAUGGUCCUGUGGACACCAGAUUUGAGAUCCCUCAGUGUGUUUAAGGCUCUCCAGGUGCUAACACCCAGCCAUGAGGUGAGUCCCUUCCUCCACUGCAUUCCUCUUCCCAGCCCACAAUCAACUUGCAGCAGGCAGUGGCACCACACUGCUGUGUCUCUCUCCCUCCAGUCCUGAAGUCCCUGGUUCUGUUUGUCACAUCCUCACUGCUUUUUUUGGGCUGCUGAUUCCAGAACAAAUUAUUAACUUGUUAUUACAUCUCCACUUUCAGAAGCAAGGACUAUAACACAAAUAUUGCUUCUGUAAACAGCGAAAAGUAAUGGAAAUCGCCAGCUUUGUGUGGCUGUAUUCCACCUCAUAUUUAAUUCACACAAUGAAGUGUAGCAAUACACUGAGCUUUAGUGGAAUGUCACUUGCACAUGAAAAGCCAAACCAGGUUAUGAGUGUCAUUAAGACAGACUUCUGUUUUACACAGUGGGAUUGUUGUAUGUAAUGUUGCUAAGAGCUAAGUUUGUGCUAAGGCACUUUAGAAUUUUAAUCCUAUAUAAAAUCUAUCUUUAAUUGAAUGCAUUUUAGGAGAAAAGGCAAAGGCUGACUGUAUUUAAAUGCUUUAGAAUGGAAAACCAUUAUUUCUAGAGAAGAUGUUAGUACAAUGCCAGUUGAAAGAAAUGUUGUUCCAUAGUGGUAUAGAGAAGCUACACUAGCUCCACCCUGUACAGGCCUUAGCUAUAGAAAUGUGAUAUGGAAUAAAUCAUCCAUGGUUCUUCAAACUUCAAAAAUUUUGAAGUUUUGCUUCAAAAAAUAGAAUUAUUUUACACAGAAUAAAGAAAUUUUGUUUCUAUCAGAUUUUUUUUUCUGCUUUCUGUUAAGUUAGUGUUUGAAAAACUGUAUUGCCUUGAAAAAGAGUGGUUCUGCCUGAGGUACCUGUGGUCAAAACUAGUCCCUGAGCAGCACCUUGCUGACUUGGAAAUCAAGGAGCAUUCCUGCAGCAGUGGAGAUGCUGGGGCAUCAGGAAAAGGUAACACAGACACACAGCACAAUCAUAUGCUGAAACCCUGGUAUGCUGCAGGGUCUGGUUUCUGCACAAUUCCCCUGCCCAUGAAGGUGAGCUGCAGCUUCCUGCUGGGUGGAGGGACAGGCACAGGAGGGUGUCCCUGAGACACUCUGGCCCUGGAUGCCCAAGGACUGCUUGGCCACCCGUUCAUACCCAUGGACAGUCAUCCUCUUUGUUUUGCAUCUUACAAAAGCCCUUUGAACCUUUUCUACAAGGUGUCUUUUGCAGAAGGAGAGGAGAGUUAGCAAGCACUAGACCCUUUCCUGUUUUCUGAUUAGAAGGAUGUUCAGAUCCAAUUGCCCUGAUUUCAUUUUGGGAUGGUAAUGUCCAAAGAGAGGGGUUAGUCUAUAAAUAAAAUCAUGAGCUGCACAUGUAAGAACUCACUGUAAAAGACUGUACAGUUUUCCUGUUCACCUCCCAAAAUUUCAUGAGGUUCCUGCCUUUUACAGUGUAAUUUUGGCUUUUUUUGCAGGGCUCAGUUUUAAAUCCAAACAUUAAUCCUUGUUCUGACAGGCACAUUCUUUACCAUUCUUUAAUCCUGUGGUAUAUGUAGCAGAACAAUGAACAGAUGUGUGUGCCUUUUAAAAAUGUUUUAGAAAUACUGUGAGAUAGGAAGAGUAUGGUAUCCAGUUUUUAAUUUAUGCAGGUUUUUGUGCUCAUUAGCCCAUUAAAAUAGUCAUAGAUGAUUUGAAAGUGAAAAUUCUUGCAUUUAAGACUCAGAUUUUGUCUUUCAAGGAUAUAUUGACCUAGGUUAAUCACAAGUUAAUGGUAUUACAUGUAUUAAAUCAUGAAGAAUUGGCAGAAGUGCUAGUGUUUAAUUAAAAGCAACAGAAUUAUUUUAUCUUCUGAGAAGGUGAGGAUAUAUAAAGUAUAGCUCUGCAGUACAAAAUAAAGCAACAAAAAUUAAGUAAUUGCAAAGAAAAAAACAAUGUGAAAAUGCAUGUAAAUUAUGUGAAAAUGCCUGUGAAACAGCAGAAAACAGCAAGCUGUCUCUAUGAGAUAUAAACAAGGAAUAAUAUUAUCAAUGGGUCAUCUUAAGACGUCUUCAGUAAUG